GAAACUGUUCAGGCUAAUUUUAGAAAAUGCCAAGUAGGAAAUUUGCCGAUGGUGAAGUGGUAAGAGGUCGGUGGCCUGGGAGUUCACUUUAUUAUGAAGUAGAAAUUCUGAGCCACGACAGCAACUCUCAGCUUUACACAGUAAAAUACAAAGAUGGAACUGAACUUGAAUUGAAAGAGAGUGAUAUCAAGCCUUUAACUUCCUUUAGGCAAAGGAAAAGUGGCUCAACUUCCAGUUCUCCUUCCAGACGCCGUGGGGGUCGGUCAAGGUCACGUUCCCCUGGUCGCUCCCGAUCCCCUGGUCGGCCACCUAAAGGCUCCCGCCGAUCUGCUUCUGCUUCCCAGCAGGCUGAUGUUAAGGAAGCAAGGAGGGAAGUGUUGGAAGUUAAAUUGACUCCACUGAUACUGAAGCCAUUUGGAAAUAGCAUCAACAGAUAUAAUGGGGAACCUGAGCACAUCGAGAGGAAUGACAUGCCUCAUAAAAACAUGCAGGAAAAAUUCCAUUUGUCAGAAGAAAGUAGUUAUAUAUCUACACAGUAUAGCCUUCGUCCAAAAAGAGAAGAGAUCAAAUUACAAGAAAUAGAUUCUAAGGAAGAAAAAUUUGUUGCAAAAGGACCUGCAAGGAAAACCCUUGAAGUGACACCUGCACCAACAAAGGACUUGGAGUUUGGAGGAGUUCCUGGUGUGUUUCUCAUCAUGUUUGGCCUGCCUGUCUUCCUCUUCCUGUUGCUGUGUAAACAGAAAGAUCCCAGUCUUUUGAAUUUUCCUCCUGCUUUGCCAGCUUUGUCUGAUCUAUGGGAAACCAGAGUAUUUGGGGUCUACCUUCUCUGGUUUUUCAUUCAAGCUCUGUUCUACCUACUGCCAAUUGGGAAGGUUGUAGAAGGCACGCCUCUUGCUGAUGGAAGAAGACUCAAAUAUAGAUUAAAUGGAUUCUAUGCUUUUAUCCUGACAUCUGCAGUCAUCGGAGCAUUUCUCUUUUGGGGCAUAGAGCUGAAUUAUGUGUACAAACAUUUUCUUAAGUUUGCACUGGCAGCCACUGUUUUUUCUGUGGCCUUGAGUGUUUAUCUCUACGCACGCUCUUGGAAAGCGUCCAGGAAUGAACUGUCGCCUGCCAGCUCUGGAAAUGCUGUUUAUGAUUUCUUCAUUGGCCGUGAAUUAAAUCCUCGAAUUGGUACUUUUGAUCUCAAAUACUUUUGUGAAUUGCGCCCUGGAUUGAUUGGAUGGGUGGUUAUUAACUUGGUGAUGCUUUUGACUGAAAUGAAAUUACAUCAGCGUGCUGUUCCAUCCUUGGCCAUGAUUUUGGUUAACAGUUUCCAACUUCUAUACGUGGUGGAUGCUUUGUGGAAUGAGGAAGCAUUGUUGACAACCAUGGACAUUAUCCAUGAUGGAUUUGGAUUCAUGCUGGCUUUUGGAGAUUUAGUGUGGGUUCCAUUUGUUUACAGCUUGCAAGCCUUUUACUUAGUCAAGCAUCCAAAUGAAGUGUCUUGGCCAAUGGCUUCUCUAAUUAUUGUUCUGAAACUUUGUGGAUAUGUAAUCUUCCGAUGUGCAAACUCCCAGAAAAAUGCAUUCCGGAAAAAUCCCACUGAUCCAAAGCUUGCACAUUUAAAAACUAUUCGUACUUCAACGGGAAAAAAUCUUCUAGUUUCUGGAUGGUGGGGUUUUGUGCGCCACCCCAAUUAUCUGGGCGAUCUCAUCAUGGCCUUGGCGUGGUCCCUCCCAUGUGGUUUUAAUCACAUUCUACCUUAUUUCUAUGUGAUUUAUUUCACCAUGUUGCUAGUCCACCGAGAAGCUCGAGAUGAACACCACUGUAAGAAGAAAUACGGCUUGGCUUGGGAAAAGUACUGUCAACGAGUACCCUAUCGUAUAUUUCCAUACAUUUACUAAUUCUGUUCUGGCAUAUUUGAAAAUACUCCCACAAUUCAGGCUGCCAUUUGCAAAAACAAGAGAAGAAAUCCCAAACUCACUUUCUUUUGUAGCACUGACAGGAUCUGUACAUUGUUUUUUCCUUUUAGAGUCAGGAUUAUAGAGCCAAGUGGUAGAUCUUUUAAUAUAGCCAUGUCUAUUUUUAUUAAGUUAUAAUUAACAUAAGGAGAAGUACAAAGAAGGAUGUUUCAAUUUACAUUUUAAUAGGAAAUUUUCAGCCCUUAAUAAUCUUAAAAUCGAAAACAGUCUUAUUAUUAUAUAAAUGCACUGUAAAGAAUACUAUUGAUGUUUAUGGUUUUUUUAUUACUUUUCAAAUUUUGAUUUUUUUUCUUUUUCCAGUUUGUUUUUCUUAAAUGAAAACAUAGUUACAUUGAAAAUACAUUUAUGUUUUAUUUACUAGCUGUCUAAUUGGAAAGUAAAAUCCAGGCCUAUAUUAAAUGCUGUAUGUGAAGAGCAAGGGAAGACUAUUAGCAGACACUGUUUAAGGGAGACCGUUAGUAGCAGUUGACUUAACCUCAACUUCUAACCUACAUUUGAAAAUGUAAAUACGUAGCUUAGUUUUAUGUAAUAUAUGGUGACUUCAGAUUUUUCUGUACAGUAUUUUUAAUGUGAGAUAAUUGUCAGGACUCUCUUAACAAAAACAUUUUCAGUAUUUUAAAUUAAGUUUUGUAAAGUAAUAAAUGUGAAUGAAAAAAUUUGAAACAAUUAGAAUUCAUUUACUCUUGUAUAGAAGAUGCUGUUAAAACAUAGGAAGUGUAUUUUUCUUAAUCCAAAGUUUGUGAAUUUGGCUUUGCUACCUCAAUUGCAGGUGUUUGUUUGCCUUUAUAAACUGUU